UAACUGGGUAGACUGGAAAGAUAGAUCCGACCUAGACGUAACACAGCGACUCAAUCUAGCAGAUCCCCUUUCACCGGUAGGGUCGGACGGUACACAGCCAGCAUACUGUCUACGCGAAACGCUUGUCCCGGAUCAACAACUUCUACGGGAGAUCGCAUCAGCUCCCAACAAAGACCUUGUAUAGAAGCGGAGACGGGGUAUCAGGAUUCACAAUCUUGUAGCUCAUCGCAUUCUCUUACGAGAUGUCCGGCAAUAACAUCAAGGUAGUCUGCCGUUUCCGACCGUUCAAUCGCUUGGAAACGGAAAAUGGAUCGACGGAAUGUAUAGACGUCUUGGACGAACAUACCGUCCGGAUGAAGAACGGAGGGAAUGUCAACGGUCCAGAGGGAGAUGGGUUCACCUUUGAUCGGGUAUUUCCUUCACCCACGGGCCAGGCCGAGAUUUUUGACUUUGGUGUCAAAGGGAUCGUGGAAGAUGUCAUGGAGGGCUUCAAUGGAACCUUGUUCUGUUACGGUCAGACAGGAAGUGGAAAGACUUUUACCAUGAUGGGAGCAGACAUCGAUAACGUCGAAUUGAAAGGUCUGAUCCCACGGAUAACGGAACAGAUCUUUGCCUCUAUCGCUGUAGCCGAUGCCAACGUCGAAUACACGGUCAAGGUCAGUUAUAUGGAGAUCUACAUGGAGAGAAUCAAAGAUCUAUUGGCACCCGCGAAUGACAACUUGUCUAUCCAUGAGGAGAAGAAUCGAGGGGUAUACGUCAAGGGUCUCACAGACGUAUAUGUCGGAUCCGAGAUGGAAGUGUUCGAUGUGAUGAAGGCUGGAGCGAGGAGUCGGGUCGUCGCUAGUACCCAAAUGAAUGCCGAAUCGUCACGAUCACAUUCAAUCUUCUUAAUCGCGAUUCAUCAGCGGAAUGUAAAUACGGGAAGCCAGAAGAGCGGGAACCUAUAUCUUGUCGAUCUGGCUGGUAGCGAAAAGGUCGGCAAGACCGGCGCCAGCGGUCAAACAUUGGAAGAGGCGAAAAAGAUCAACAAAUCGCUAUCCGCUUUGGGGAUGGUCAUCAAUUCAUUGACGGACGGGAAAUCGAGCCACGUGCCAUAUCGUGACUCAAAACUCACAAGGAUCUUGCAAGAAUCUCUCGGAGGCAACUCACGGACGACCUUGAUCAUCAAUUGCUCGCCGGCAACUUACAACGAAGCAGAGACGCUCGGGACAUUGCGAUUCGGGAUGCGGGCCAAGAGUAUCAAGAACAAGGCUCGGGUGAACACGGAAAUGAGCCCGGCAGAGCUGAAGAUCCUCUUGAGCAAGACCAAGGGCAAUCUAAUGUUUGUCGAGAGUUACCGGGACGCAUUGCUUGGAGAAGUCGGAGUGUGGCGAGCAGGAAACAAGGUUGAGGAGAGCGAUUGGGCUACAGAGGACAAAGUACGGAUGUUGAUGGGAAGCGGGACUGCGACGGGUACCGCAUCUGCGUCAACAAGACGACCCGGUUCGGCAAUGGAAACCCUUGCCAGCCCAGGACUUUCCUCCAGUGUCACGAGUCGCGCUGGAACGCCGAACCUUUUGGAUGCCUUCAAGGAUCCGAGCGGGCGCGUAUCCCCAGCUGGUUCAGCCAUGGCCUCAAGGCUUGACGCCGACGAGAGAGAAGAAUUUCUGCGAAGGGAGAACGAGUUGAGUGAUGCACUUACGGAGAAGGAGAGCAGUCUUGCCACGCAGGAAAGGCUUGUACAAGAGUUGAGAGCAGAGCUGUCGGGAAUACGGGAGGACUCAAAAGCACAAACAGCCCUACAGCUUGAAGUGAGCGAACUCCGGGCAGUGCAGGCUCGGUUGGAAGAGGAAGUCCGUGAGAACGGAACCAGUCUGGACGUCGCUCGAGACAAGGAAGGUGAACUCACCGCAGAGUUGAAGGCACUGAGGCUCAAAGUGGAAGAGUUACAGUUGGCAAAGGCGACUGCUGUCUCUGAUGACCGGGAGAAACGAAAGGCAGAAAUGCUGUCCGAGAUGAUGGCGAAGAUCGAGACCGGUGGGAAAUCGUCCGAGACCGGUUUAGAGGCGCUUCAGUCGCUGCUUGUCCGUCUUGAUGGUGGAGCAGCCGAGGCACGUCCGGCUGAAUUGUUAUCGGAAAGCAAAGAUGUCAUCCGGCAGCAUCUUCUGGUAUCCCAAACCGCUCAGAGAGAUUCUCAAGACCGUCUUCGUCGUCUUCAAGACGAUGUCGAAGUUCAACAGCAGAGGCGAGAGGAACUUGAACGUAUUUUGGUCGAAAAGGAUGCAGCAUAUGAGGACCUGCUUGCCCAGCAGUCGAUGGAAGCGCUUGGUCCUGCCGUUGUCGAUGACAUCAAGGCUCAAUUCGAAGCUCAGUACGCUUCGAAACAGAGCCUGAUGGAAGUCGAAGAAGCCGCGCUUCGCAAGCGUAUCGAGCACCAGGAGGACGAGAUUGUCAGGUUGCACGAUACGAUCGAGGACCAAACCGCGUCUAUCGACAACCUCAAUCGACUAUUGGCGGAAGCCACCUCCGGGGUUGAAGGGGGACGCGAAUUCGCUCAAGCGGUACAAGAGCUCGAGCGCACCAAACGCUCCUCAGAGCUGCAGCAGGCCGAGUUCGAGUCCGUCAAGAGGAAUCUCAUGCGCGAUGUUACUGAUCGAUGUGAAAAGGUCAUCGAGCUACAAAUGCAGCUUGACGAGUACAAGGAGAAAUACAAGGCCAUCGCCCGUUCCACCAACAUCAAGGCCCAGCUUAAGCGGGCUCAGAUGCUUGAGUACAACAUGUCUCAAAUGGAAGAUUCUCAGCGAAGGCUGGUGCACCAAAACACGCAAUUCAAGCGAGAGCUUAAUGCCGCCGAGCGGAAACUGUCGGAACGUCGCGAGCGAAUCAUCAACCUGGAAGAACGCGUUGGCGACUACGAGGAGCUGAAGUCAAGAGAAGAUGAGAUGGUUCAUCAGAUUCAGCUGUUGCAGACCCAAUUGGCCCAGGCGGCAAGACAGCCUCUGCUUCCCAAUGCUAUAAAUGCUGGCAGGAUCGCGAAACCCAUGCGAGGCGGAGGCGGUAUCGCCAACAUACAAAACGAGCCGGCUGCCCCAAGCGCUAUCGCAUCGAACACGAAGCAGCGACUUGCAGAUGAUAUUGGUGGCACAAUGAGGCGACAGAGCUGGUUCAUGCCGACAGCAAGAGGUAACAAUUAGAUGCACCAUGACAAGAUUCUUGACGACAAACACGACCCUUCUUGUAGCUCCGAACGGAACCACGUAUGCAUUAGAGAUGACAGUUCGUGCUUCUAUGCACAAGGUUGGCUCGCACGACGACAUUCCGUCUGUAUGGACCAUGUGCCAGCUGACAUGUAAACGCUGCUAUAAGUUCGAGCUCAUUCGAGGUGCAUUGCAUCAGACCCACCCAUAGACAUC